AUGAACUCCUCUCUCGCAUCGCAAAUAUCGCAGCUUCGGAAACCUAAAUGGGCUGAUCUCUCCUCGCUUCUUCAAGUUGCAACUGCUGCACUGGGCAAAACAGGCUGCGAGUCAAUCACUCUUCUUGGCUGCGGCAGCUACAACUAUGUCUACCGUAUCGCCUUUGAUGACGGCUCCGAUGUUGCCGCGAGCAUUCCAAACGCCGAUGAAGAGGACUUUGUCCCCGCCACGAAGCGCUCCGAGAUUGCGACAAUUCGUUUCGUGAGCGAGUCCGGACUGUAUCCUCAUAUAUCUGUGCCGAAAGUACACGCUUCGGACCUCACAUUCGCGAAUCCAGUCGGUGCACCAUACAUUCUCAUGGAUGUAGUCAAAGGAGUGACCUUGAACGACGCCAUCUCUCACGACAAAGAGCUCCGAGGGCUCGACGCACUGGGCGCAGAAGAUCAGCUCCGAGUCGUCAAUGUCAUGGCCAAGAUCCAAGCCUCCCUGUCACAGCCCGUUCCAUUUGACAGGCUGGGUAGCCUCGUUGAUUCUACUACGAAGGGGUUCGUCGUUGCCGAGGGCAUUUCACUCACAGGAGACGUCCUGGGUGGCCCUUGGAAGUCCAUCUCUGACAUGUGGUAUUGGCUCCUCGAACGUGAAGUCGUGCGCGCCAUGAACGAAUGGUCCACGCUCGAGAAGGACGAAUUGCCAGACUCGUUCGGCCAGUACACGCCUCAGAAGUUCGGCCGACUCUUGCAGACACUCUCCGCGCUCAUCCCAUACUUCGUUCCACCACCGCUCUAUCUCACUCUGGUUCUCCAUCACCCCGACCUCGCUCUUCGGAACAUCGUUGUAGACCCUCAUGACUACUCGAAAGUGAAUGGGAUCAUCGAUUGGGGAGGUGCCCAGAUACUUCCGCUCAUGCUCACCGCGCACUACCCGCACGAUCUCCUUACAGAGGGCGACGAUCCUUGCGAGCGACCAGGGCACCCAGACGAAGGCUGGAACACGGUCCCCCACGACUGGACGUCGCUCGGCGACACGACUGCCUGGGCGGAGGAGUUCCGCGGAGAGGGCGAUCGUGUCGAUAUGACCACCCGCGCGGCAGCGAUGGUCAAGCGAUACUAUCUGCGGCAGCAUUUCGGCGCCUGUUUCGCGAGAGCGCUGCACGAGGUGCAUGGAGACACGGACUUGCUGCGCGCUACGGUGUUCACGGAUGCUCCGUACUACCUCAAGUUCCACGAGGUGCUCACUGGCGGAUACAUAGCCUGGUUUAGACACGAAGAGUGGAUCAUGGAGACAUUUGCGCGUCUCCAUGUCGCUGGACAUAUUCCCGGGAGGUUGAUUCUCGGUCCCAACGUGUACACGGCAUCGGUGGAGAAUGUCGUGUGUGACCUCAGUUUUGUCGAAUCCAGCGAGCAGGGCCAACGGCAAGAGAACGAAGAGAAGACCGAUUAUGAUGAAUGA